AUGCCGCAGCUUCGCAGGUUUGUGGAGAAGCACAUUGUACUGCAUCCCCAUGCAGGUUCCUUCACUUCUGGCCCAGAUUCAGCACGCUGGAGCAACAAGGACCUCGACCCUGUGCCCCAGGAGAAGAAGACGUGGGAAUGGUGGCACGUUGGAGGCUUCUGGAUAGCUGAAGGCUUCAAUCCCGCACAGAUGCAAGUCCCAUCAAGUGCUGUCGCCCUCGGCCUGAAUCCAGGUCUUGCGAUGGUGGCGUGCUUGAUCGGCAACCUGCUCGUCACUGGACCUGUCUGCGCGGUGGGCUGGCUGGGAAGCAAGUACUCGAUUCCGUUUCCUGUCAUAGCUCGGGCCUCUUAUGGCAUGAUCGGCGCCUAUUGGGCCAUGAUCAUCCGUGGUAUCUUCUGCGUCAUCCUCUAUGGCGUGCAGGCAACGCUCGGCGGAAACGCAGUCCGAUGUAUGCUCGAAGCAAUCUGGCCGUCCUUCGCCCAUUGGCAUCUCGACAGCCUUCCCGAGAGCGCGAACAUCACAGCACCGGAUCUACUUUGCUUCUCGUUGUUCUGGAUUGCCUCGUUCCCCUUCCUCUUUGUCUCAAUGUCAUCACUGCGCUGGGUCUUCGUGGUCAAGAUUGCCAUAAUGCCGCUAUUCUACGUUGCCCUCUUCACUUGGGCUCUGACCGCAGGGAAUGGUGUCGGGCCCCUGUUCUCGAUCCCCAACAAGAUCACCAGCGGACAAUCAAUCGGCUACGUUUUCUGCAGCACAAUUCUCGCCACGAUUGGAGCAAUGCCAGUAGCCUUUGCUGUCAACAUGGCCGACAUUACUCGCUACGCCAAGAACCCGCGCAGUUCGGCGAUCGCCCAGGCUUUUGCGCUUCCGAUAUGCAUCACAAUGAUUGAACUGCUCGGAGCAAUCAUGGCCGCUGCAGCACAGGUGGUUUAUGGCGAAGUCCUCUGGAACCCGUUGACAAUCAUUCUUCUCUGGAACAAUCGACCAGGAAAGUUCUUCUCCGGUCUGCUAUUCGCAUUUGCCACCAUCGCAACAAAUGUCACUGGCAACAGCAUUCCUUUCGCGCACGAUAUAGCUGGGAUCUUCCCGCGAUACAUGAAUGUCCGCCGUGGUCAGGUUCUUUGCGCAGUCCUUGGCUUUGCUAUGAAUCCAUGGACCAUACAAGCACGAGCUUCUCGAUUCUUCAACUUUGUUGGAGGGUACUCGAUCUUUCUUGGUCCCACAGUCGGAGUCAUCCUGACCGACUACUUCAUCGUCCGCAAAGCUCGGCCGUACGAUAUGCAUCAAUUAUAUCGCCCACACGGUCUAUACUGGUACAUGAAAGGUUGCAAUAUUCGUGCCUUGUCCGCGUGGCUCAUUGGCGUCGUACCGUUGCUGCCCGGCCUAGUACACAACAUCAACCCGAACAUCAACGUGGGUCAAGGUAUGGAGGACUUCUUCACGUUUGGAUGGCUGGACGGGCUAGUAAUUACAUCGAUCACUUACUAUUUGCUAUGCCUGGCUUUUCCGGUCACAGUCGCGAUGGAGAACGGAUCGACGGUCAUGGUUGUUGGGCCCGAAGACGAGGAGUCGGCUACGCGGAAAGAUGAUCUUAUGCGGGACGAGAAGUGA